AUGGCAGCUUCGCAAUCAGGACUUGAGUUGCCAUCCUCUGCAGAGACCGUCUCGGUUUCUCUCAUUGACACUGGUGCACGUCUUGAUCUUCCCGCAGAGAAGUUCAUAAACCCCAAGAUUCCAGGCUAUGACCGACUGGCGGUGCCAUCAUAUUCUUUUCUGAUCACUCACCCCUCCGGCCAGAGACUAUUGUUCGACCUCUCUCUCCGAGAAGACUUUGAGAACCUCGCUCCGCCUUUUGGAGACAUUUGCACGAACCCAGAAAGUGGAUGGAAAGUCUACUCUCCCCGCAGCGUCUCUGACCUUCUCGUUGAAAAUGGCAUCCUGUUGGAGGAAAUAAAUGCUAUAAUCUGGUCUCAUCACCAUUUUGACCAUACUGGUAACCCUUCAUUAUUCCCCGGCACUACAGACUUGGUCGUGGGGCCGACCUUCAUCAGCAGAUUUGCACCAGGGUACCCGGAAAAGCCAGAUGCGCCAGUCAGAUCAUCCGACUGGAGAGGACGGUCACUGCGAGAGAUGGACUUUGACCGACACCCGGGGAAGGUAACGAUUGGGAGAUUCAAAGCAAUCGACUGGUUUGGCGAUGGGAGCUUUUAUCUGCUGCAUACACCAGGACACAGUCCAGAACAUAUGUGCGGCCUCGCGAGAGUACAGCCAGAUUCGUUUAUCCUGAUGGGAGCGGACUGUGCACACCAUCCCGGUGAAUUUCGACCCACCAAGCAGAGUCCUAUCCCGGAGAUCAUUCAACCCUCCCCCUUGCCGUCUCAUCCGCAGUACGGGACAGUCUGUCCUGGUCAUAUAUUUGCCCAGCUAGGGUACAAGCCAGGAAGCACCGAUAUGCCUUUCUUUAUAUCUACUCCAGACUAUACUCAUGACGUUGAUGAGUGCUGUCGGUCAGUAAAUGGAAUAGCGGAAUUCGACGCUAGUGAUCAGGUUCUGGUCCUUAUUGCACAUGACCACACCAUGUUGUCCAUCUUCACGGGCGAGGAGGAUGGUGGUAUUGGCUGGUUUUUCCCGAAAAUGCCGUUAAAUGAUUGGAAGGACGCUGAUCUGAAGAAAAGGGGGAAGUGGCUGUUUUUAAAAGAUUUCGAGGUCCCUUCUACUGAGAGUUGA